AUGAACAGAGUAACAAAAAAACUUGCCCCAGGAAGAGUAUCAGUACCUACUCCGAGAAUUCCGGGCCAACUCAACUUCAGUCUUGUUGACAUUGGCAAGUCUUGCUCACUUCGUGAGAAGACCUUUAAAGAUCACUGGAAUCUUAAAAGACAUUUGCAAAGAUUCCAUGACAUAAUGGAAAUGGUUGCAGAUGAUAUGAGCAUAGUCCAGGAGACUGAAUAUCAAGAUAUACAGACGAGCAACAGCCCAAAAAAUCCGCUUACACCAAGUGAAAGUGUGGAAGAGGAAUCAGACGUUGAUAAUGAAUACUACAACAGUAUCUUAAAUUAUGACGAGUGUGAAGAAAGUGAUGAUGGAAGUAGAGUUGACAAUAGUGAUUUUGAUGUUGAGGAAAACACAGAGCCAAACGCAGGCAUUCCUCUGUUUAAUCACAUCUUGAACAACAUGUCUGCUUUCGCCGAUAGCAACGAAUCUUCAAUAGAUGAAGAGGAUGAAUUCCAGAGUGAAGUGUUUAACUCUACCACCUGGAACAGAUUUACACCAAAUACUCAUCCAUUUAAAGAUAUCCAGAUGAUGAUUUUGCUCGCACUUGUCGAUAGUGAUAACGACAUGAUUUCUCGUAGAAUGUUAAAGAAGAUAUUAUUUACCAUCAAUCUUCUUCUAAAGAUCCACGAAGAAGCUAUUAGAAAAGAUAUUUCUUUCAAGUUGCCCCGGUUAGAUGCACUCUGGAAUUACCAGACACAAAAAGGAUCGAACAUCCCAAUUUUCAAAUCGAAAAGUUUAGAUGUUACUCUCUCUGACAGCACAAAAGUCACCGCAUUCCUUAACUUGCCUUCUGAGCAUAUCAAACUCCUUGCUGCCAAUCCUAUAAAGUCAAAAUCAAUCUUUUCUUUACCUGAUCGCACGCAAAACCAAUCUGUCUGUCUUCAACAAGGAGAAAAAUAG